GGUUAGGCUGGGGGGCAGAGGCUGGUUCCGCCGAGGGUGUGGCGAGAUGGCCUGCGAUGGCACAUUGACACAGCCAUACGGGCGACUGCAACGACGGGCAGCACAUGGGCGCUGACCAGAGCAUUGGCCGAGCUCAGCCACAUGAGGGAUGUUGUGGGCGGUUUUUCGGCGGAACGUCUGGGACCGUGGAGGAGCCCCACACCCUUGCCAGUGGACAGCGACUGUUGUCAGACUAUGUGGGCAUCGACUGCCUAGGACUGACCAUGGCCAACAUGGUCUCUUUCGUUUCCAAGAAUUCGGAUCAGCGCUGGGGCCAGAAGACCCCGGUGGUGAUCCUGCUUAUGGGGCUCAUCUCUGUUCUCCAGGUGUGCUACCAGGCCUUCGUCAUGAGCCAGAUCCACGAGGUGGAGGAGCCGGAGCAGCUCCAAGACGCCUGCGAGGCCAGUUUCGGAGGCGAAGUGUCCUACCAGUGCCUCGAGCAGCGCGUCUACCAGGGCUGGCAGGAGGACGCCCGGCUCGAGGAGCAGGAGGAGAUUCUGCAGAGCACCCAGAUGACCGGCCACGAGGACCACCACAAGGCCCACGUGGAGCGCGUCGUCACCGCGGUCGCCGAGCUGGCGGCCGCGAAGGGGCCAGAUAUCCUGUGGGAGGAGCACAGGAGCGCCAUCCACGCCGCGAUCGAGGUGAAGCACAAUGCGCUCCCAGAUGGCGAGAGGGAGAAUGCCAAGGAGAUCCACUCUGUCCACGGCGACCGCCUCCUCGACGCCUCGCUGCAGGCCGUGCACGCCAAGGAGGCCGGCGACAGCAUCGAGGACAUCAAGCAGCGGCUGCUCGACUACCAGCUCGAGCACGAGCGGCACCGGCAGGAGCGGGCGGAGAAGUUCCGCAAGGAGCACGAGGAUCGCAUGAAGGUUUUCGACAGGCUCUACGAGGAGACCCUGGACGCCAUCCACCACAAGGACCCCCCAGCGGCCGACCCCAGCGCCUCAGAGCCGAAGAGCGACUUCGACAGGCUCUACGAGCAGACGAUGGCGGCCAUCCAUGCCCCGACCACGCCUUCGCCGUGGGCCCAGCACCUGGAGGCGCUGCAGGCGCAGUACAACGAGCUCUCGAGCAAGAACGGGGAGCGCCAGGCGAGCAGGACGCGCGAGGCCCGCCGCCCGAGGAGCUCUGGCUUCCUGGCGUCCCGGAGCAUAGGCUGGCACCCCGUGUCGCAUUGGAAAGACGCGGCGCCCAGCGGGGACGCAGGGCUCGUCAUCGUCGGGGAGGAGGACCUGCGUGCGCUGAAGUGGUCCGGCGCCCUGCCCCACGUGGCCUGCAUCGCGAUGGUGCCCCCUGGAGCAGACGCCGUGUACCAGAUGAUGUACUUCGUCGACAACUGGAGGCUGCAGACGUGGGAGUCCAAGGAGCUGGUUCUGGUGUACCAGCACAGCGACAGGAGACUCGCCAAGGUCCUCGACAAGUACGUCGACGGCAAGGCCGUGAAGGCGGUGGGUGCCCGCGACGCCGAGUUCCCCUCCACGGCGGCCGCCCGCUACGGCGCAUGGUCCGUCAAGGCCGACGUCAUCGCCCGCUGGGACUUCGAGGAGUGGCACCACCCCGAUCAGCUAACGCUGCAGGUCAAGGCCCUCGCCAUGACCGCGCGGCCCGCGUCCCUGCUGCAGCCGCAGGGCACCCACGGCCCCAGGGCCACGGACAGGGAGAGCACCCUCGUCGGCGAGGCCAAGUGGAUGCGCGAGGAGUGGUACCCCUUCCUGAGGCACGGCAGCGACAUCCUCGAGGAGGACAGGGCGCACCACAUCGUCCAGGUCGACGUCCCGAAGCUGGACAUCAACGCGAAGGCGCCGAAGAAAGCGCCAUUCAAGGACACCCUGGAGGCCGAGCGGGCCGAGAUUGCGGCUGGCGUCGCCAUCUGCCUCCGGCUCCAGCAGGGCGAGCACUUUUCGGAGUUCACAGUGAGCCUUGGGGCCAUGCCCGUGCAGGAGCUCGAAAAGGACCACGAGCACCUCGCGGAGGCGCACCGCCACACCGAUGUGCGCCUCUCGGACCUCUGCGUGCGCGCGGGGGUCGAGGGGAGCCUGUUGAAGCGGGCAGAGCUCCACCGGCAGGCCGCCCGCCUCGCCUCCUUCGAGGCCGAGAUCGCCAGCGAGCUCAGCGACCCCGCGGGCGCCGUCGCCGCCAGCGGCUGAGUCGCGGGUGCGCGCGCGCGCGGAGCGGCGAAA